CGGCGGAGGGGGAGGGUCUGAGGAGGCGUUUCCCCCGGAGGGGGGAUGGGGAUGGGGCAGGGCCCGAGCCGGAAGCAGGCCGGGGGAGUGGGGAACGUGUAGGGCCGCCCGCGGCUCGCGCUCUCCCGCUCCGAGGCGGCGAUGGCUGACGCUGGUGGAAGCGGCGGCGACUCCCUGCAGGCCCGGGGCCCGGACUCGGGCCGCCGCCAGCCGUUCGCGUCCACCUCUCGCAACGGGGCCGUGCCCGAGCACCAGCAGCGCAGGCUGGCGGGUGGCCAAGGCCGCCAGCGGCCCCCGGAGGCUGCGAGCGACGGGGAGGAAGAGGAGUCGGAAGAGGAGCCCGGGCAGGGCCCGGGCGUGAGAGCCGAGCCCGAUGGGAACCACACGGACAGGAGGAUGCUCCGGCACCAGUAUCGCCAGCUCAUCAACAGAGUGCAGCAGAAUCGUGAGGAUAUGUUGAGUUCAAAAAGCAACAGUUUGACAGAUGCACUACAAGAAGCCAAUAAAUUGUUCAGUGGAGUUUCCCAGGCAAGGGAGGCUGCUCUGGAUGCCCAGUUCCUUGUUUUGGCAUCAAAUCUAGGAAAGGAAAAAGCAAAUGAGUUACACUCUGAAAUGACAGUAUUUGACUCGCCAGCAUUUGCUGAAGAUUUAUUAACGUUUAUGGGCCUGAAUCGUCUAGAAGGAGAAGAAAAUGAUAGUGAUGAUGAGAGCAUUGCUAGUGGAUUUUUACCUAAUAAUGCCUGGCAUAAACUGGGAGCAGAAGCAGAAAGAUAUUUCAGAAGAUCUCCUUCUUUUCACUACAUGUUGGGAUCUUUCAAGGCUGAUCCUCCUGUACCAAGGCAACGGAUUGAGAGGCAGAAAAGGAAAGCAGGAACAGAAGAAAAAAGGGCAAUGCCUGCUCAGUUGAAGAAAAUGGAAGAAUCUCAUGAGGAAACCACAGAAAAAGAAGUAGAGAGGAUCCUGGGAUUGCUACAGACCUAUUUUAAUGAUGAUCCCAAUAUACCUAUUUCCUUCUUUGAUUUUGUGAUUGAUCCAAGUUCUUUUGCACGCACUGUGGAAAACAUCUUUCAUGUGUCCUUCAUUAUAAGGGAUGGCUUUGCAAGAAUAAAGCUGGAUCAGGACAAACUGCCAGUAAUAGAGCCUUCACGUGAAGAGGAAGGUAGGGAAAAUGACCAGAAUGCCCAAGUACGGAACCAAGCAGUCAUAUCUUUGAGCCAUCAAGACUGGAAGGACAUUGUAGAAACUUUUGAAAUCACAGAACCUAUGAUUCCCCCUCCUGGUGUCAGCCAAGAAAAUGAAAGUUAGGUGCCGUGAAGAAAAUAUGUGUUUUAAAAUAUUCAAAUAAGUUUUAUAUGUAUAUACUGUAUGAUAAAAUUUAUUUUUGAUGAGAACACUAGUUUAAAUUCAAUGCUUUUUAUAUAACAAGCUUAUUGUAUCUUUUUAUUUAUACAUGUCAUUUACAGUAGUAAAGGUUGUCAUGAUACAUAAGGCAUUUUCAUCCUAUUGUGAUUUUCUUUAAUAAAGUCCUUCUGUAAGUUGA